AUGACUGCCGAAGAGACGCUUCGAAAUGAGCUAUCAGAUGUUCUUUGUCCAGAGCACGAUACGCAUUUUCAUUUGCAGAGAUGGCUUGUCGGCUAUGAUGGGGAUGUGGACAGAGCAGCCGCAAAGUACAGAGAGUAUACAAAAAUUAGGAAGUGCCUGGGAUUUGACGACUUUAACAAUGUAAAGAGGGCUUACUAUGACAAGAAGAACUGCGCUAGAUUCAUGAGACUGUCGAAAUUAACGUCUGAAUGGGUGAACGAAAAGGACAAUGGAAUUAUAUUCGCAGAAAUGAAUAUAGACGAUCCCAAAAAGUUCUUGAAAGCUGUCGGUGUGGGAGAAUAUUUGCGUUCAUUUUUUGCAUACUGCGAACAUUUUCAACAGUUGGUACUGGAGCGAGAAAAGAAAACUGGAAAGCAAUCACAUGGGAUCGGCAUAUUUGAUAUGAAAGGGAUAACAAUCACCCCAUACUUGUUUCCAACGAGUGCUAUCAAUUGCCUUAUGCAGGCUCGAGUUAAUAUCUGGCUUGACUACUACACGGAGAUACUAAAGAGCGUCAUCAUCGUGAAUCCUCCAAUAUUUGUAGCCCUUGCCUACAAGGUAUUGUCCAUUUUACUGCCUGCAAAAGUUCAUGAUCGAUUCCACUUCGCUAACGUAAAUAGCCUGCCACAGUACUUGAGCUUAAACGCGAUUCCUCCGGCUUUUUCUGGGACCUGCACUAUUUCUAGCGAUUUAGAUAAUGGAUGUAAUAAUGCAGUGAAAAUUACUGAGGCUGAUUAUAAGAAAGAAGGGUCACUAUGGAAAGCUAAUGGUCUUGUGCCAAAUGAGAUUCAGCGAAGCGUGAAAGCCGGUGGUGAACUUUUUGAGGAACUGCCAACAGGAGGAAGAAGAAGAAUGAUAUAUCAAUACAAAGUUAAUGUCGAUUCUCAGAUCUGGUUUCAACAAGGAGGUACUGACCUGACACCCAGAUUCAUGAUGACGACACCAAAGCUUGCCGAGGAAGAGAUAGUAGAAUUGAAUUCUGAUCAACCUGUUAUUCUUUGUGUACGCAACUGCAGCCGAUAUUUCUCAGCAAAAGUAAAUUUUUCUGUAGCUUUCUUAUGA